CGUCACCGCCACUACCACCACCACCACCGGCAGCAGCAGCUAGAGUUCAGUUUUUGCAGCAAAGUGAUGGAGAUGAAGGUGAGGUGAGAGUAGGCGGACAGAGAGAGGGGUGAAGGAGCGAGAGAGAUACAUAGAGACGGGACAAAAUGGGGGCGACGCUCUCAAACUUGACGGAAGGGGCAAAUGGUUCCGGCAAUGGUCCGGGGCUAGGAGAUAUACCAGAGAGUUGUGUGGCCUGUGUUUUCAUGUACUUGACACCCCCUGAGAUAUGCAAUCUCGCACGCCUAAACCGGGCCUUUCGCGGUGCUGCUUCUUCUGACGCCGUUUGGGAAUCCAAAUUGCCUCCUAAUUAUCAGAACCUCCUCGAUUUGUUACCCUUUAAACGACACCAGAAUCUAUCUAAGAAAGAUAUUUUUUCCCUCCUCUCUCGUCCAAUCCCUUUCGAUGAUGGCAACAAGGAGGUUUGGGUAGAUAGGGUUACUGGGGGUGUUUGUAUGUCGAUCUCGGCGAAAGCCCUGUCAAUAACUGGGAUUGAAGAUCGGAGAUACUGGAAUUGGAUUCCUACUGAAGAAUCUAGGUUCCAUGUAGUGGCCUUUUUGCAGCAAAUAUGGUGGUUUGAACUAGAUGGGUUGGUCAAGUUUCCUUUCCCCGCCGGUAUGUACACUCUGUCAUUCAGACUUCAUCUUGGAAGAUUUUUCAAACGAUUGGGUCGACGUGCAUGUAGUUUUGAGCACACUCAUGGUUGGGAUAUAAAACCUGUACGAUUUGAACUGUCUACUUCAGAUGGUCAGCGAGCAGCAUGCGAAUGCUGUUUGGAUGAUGAAUCUGAAAAGGAUGAUGCAAAUAGCAACCACAAACGUGGAUGCUGGAUAGAGUACAAGGUAGGUGAGUUCACAGUCAGUGAUUCAGAAGAUGCAACAGAAGUAAGAUUUUCCAUGAAACAGAUUGAUUGUACACAUUCCAAAGGUGGGCUCUGUGUAGAUUCAGUGUCUAUUAUCCCUAGUAAUUUAAGAGCGAGAAGAAAGAGGUUUUGAAGUAGCACCAGACUGCACGUGAUGUAUUUAUCAAGAUCAUUACUUUGCACAUGUUAUACUCGUACUUAAUGAAGGAUUUGGUGUUUGGAGGAUAGUCAUCUCAUUUCUUUUUCUUCCCCUUUCUGUAAUGUGCUUGCGUCUUUAUGCUUUUGUAACUUCUCUUUCUUCUUAAUGUGUUUGAUCCAUUUUUAUUUAUUUUGUUACAUUGUUCCAGAUCAGAUAAAGAGAAUAUGUUUU